AAGAUUUCUCCUCACAUGAACUGCCCUGCAGAAUACUAUGGACUAGAGGAAGCCAGGGACUAUGAGAUUCAGAGACAGAGGAUUGAGCUGGGUCGCUGUAUCGGAGAGGGACAAUUCGGGGACGUCCACCAGGGAGUCUACAUGAGCCCGGAAAACCCUGCUCUGUCUGUGGCCAUCAAGACGUGUAAGAACUGCACCUCUGAUAGUGUCAGGGAGAAGUUCUUACAAGAAGCUCUGACCAUGCGUCAGUUUGACCACCCCCACAUAGUGAAGCUGAUUGGAGUGAUCACAGAAAACCCCGUGUGGAUCAUCAUGGAGCUGUGUACACUGGGAGAGCUACGCUCCUUCCUGCAAGUGAGAAAAUACAACCUCGACUUGGCAUCACUGAUUCUCUAUGCUUUCCAGCUAAGCACAGCACUUUCCUACCUGGAGAGCAAGCGGUUUGUACAUCGGGAUAUAGCUGCCAGGAACGUGCUGGUAUCCUCAGUGGACUGUGUUAAACUGGGAGACUUUGGCUUGUCUCGAUACAUGGAGGACAGCUCCUAUUACAAAGCCUCCAAAGGGAAACUGCCUAUCAAAUGGAUGGCACCAGAGUCUAUUAACUUCAGACGCUUUACCUCAGCCAGUGACGUGUGGAUGUUUGGUGUGUGUAUGUGGGAGAUCCUCAUCUACGGAGUCAAACCCUUCCAGGGGGUGAAGAACAACGAUGUCAUCGGGCGGAUAGAGAACGGAGAGCGUCUGGCCAUGCCCCACAACUGCCCCCCUACCCUGUACAGCCUGAUGACCAAGUGCUGGGCCUACGACCCUAGCAAGAGACCCUGCUUCACAGAGCUCAAAGCCCAGCUCAGUCAGAUAUUGGAGGAGGAGAAGCUCCAGCAGAAGGAGAGGACACGUAUGGAGAUGAGACGUCAGGUCUCCGUGUCCUGGGACUCAGGGGGGUCCGACGAGGCGCCGCCUAAACCCAGCAGACCAGGAUACCCCAGCCCACGCUCCAGUGAGGGGUUCUACCCCAGCCCACAGCACCAGGGGCAGCCCACCCACUACCAGAUGGCAGGAUACCCAGGCCCCCACGGCAUGCCUUCCAUCACCAGUGGGAUGUACCCUCCCCAGGCUUCCCACGAUCCCCAGGACACCUGGAACCACCACCGGCAGCAGGACCUCCCCAUGUGGUCCCCCAACAUGGAGGACAGGGGGUCUCUGGACAUGCAGGUGAUGGGUCAGGUUCUGCCCCCCCUCCUGAUGGAGGAACAGCUGAUGAUGCAACAGCAGCAGAUGGAGGAGGACCAGCGGUGGCUGGAGCAUGAGGAACGUUUCCUGAAGCCGGAUUCAAGGAUUUCCAGAGGCAGCAUUGACCGGGACGACGGCAUCCUCCACGGACCAACAGGAAACCAGCACAUAUACCAACCCAUAGGCAAACCAGAACAUGCAGCUCCACCAAAGAAACCCCCCCGUCCUGGAGCCCCCAGUCACCUGGGUAGUCUGGCCAGCCUGAAUCCCGUGGACAGCUACAAUGAGGGAGUGAAGCUCCAGCCUCAGGAGAUCAGCCCACCCCCCACUGCCAACCUGGACCGCUCUAAUGACAAGGUCUAUGAGAAUGUCACAGGACUGGUGAAGGCUGUCAUAGAGAUGUCCAGUAAAAUUCAGCCUGCGCCUCCCGAGGAAUACGUGCCAAUGGUCAAGGAUGUGGGUCUGGCACUGAGAACACUCCUGGCCACAGUGGAUGAAACAAUCACGUUACUUCCAGCUAGCACACACAGAGAGGUGGAGAUGGCCCAGAAGCUGUUGAACUCUGACCUGGCGGAGCUGAUCAACAAGAUGAAGCUGGCCCAGCAGUACGUCAUGACCAGCCUGCAGCAGGACUACAAGAAACAGAUGCUGACGGCCGCCCACGCCCUGGCCGUAGACGCCAAGAACCUUCUAGACGUCAUCGACCAGAGCCGGCUCAGGAUGUUGGGCCAGGCCCGGCCGCCACCUCACUAGCGCUGUGGGAGGAGGGUGUGGAGUGUGGGAUGAACUGAGUCAACACAAAGCUUCUGUCUGAAUGACUGUCUGGACAGAUGGAAGCCAUGUGAAGGCAGCCUUGGGUUUGUUCACCUGUUCUGUCAUGUCUAAUCAGUGAUUACUUCAAGGAACGGAGGAAUGAGGAAGAUUUCACUGUGAAGGAAUUUGAACGGGAUACUGCUUCUACAGGACCAUCAUAUGGACUGGACUCCAUGUGCAUCACCAGGCAGACUAGCGACCACCUCUGACCCUCACUCCCCAACACACCACUCCUUUUUAUAGACUUGGAAUCUUUGAAGAGUUGUUUUAUUUUAUGCUGCACCGAUUGUGUCGGCUGACUAACUGAAUUCCUACAGUCCCAGAUUUCAUCUGAAGAAGAAUCAGGAGGCACACUUCAGAAACUGCUCCCCCCAGAGGACAUAUGGAGGAUGAUGUGGACAACACAACUGAACUGGAACCUCUCUGCUUUAGUAGACAGAACACUGAGCUCCUCACACUACGUCUAACAUGUCUGCUUCAUUGUUAACACUUGUCACAAGCUCAAUAGUGAUUCAUGGAGGAUCACAAACACUGGGAUAUAUUUUGUCUUGGCUCAGUCGGCCAUCUUGUCAAAUAGGAGAAAAUAAAGGAUGAAAUAAAAUGAUGACAAA